UGUUGAGGUUCUGAUCCCUCGGGGGACAAGGAGCAGAGGAUGACAAACGUUCUUGUGCGCACAAGGGAAGUCUUUUUGUUGCGACACGGAGCAGUCAAAAGUCCAUGGAAGAAUGAGGCAGGGGAAUAGCAGCCUCCUCCACAGCUACUCCAGCAGAGGCCAUUGGGCACUGAAGCAGCUGCUGCAGGCAGGAACCAGGGAACCUCUUCCUGCCAAGCGCUAAAUAUGCCCCAAACCCGGGGGAGCAAAUGGCAUCUUGUUGUGCAUCUUCUGCUGUCGUUCCCUGACGUUUUAAACUAGCCUGAUCUGCUGCUGCAGUGGGAAGGGGUGGCCCUUCUCCCCAGCCCCUUGCUCACAUUUCUGAGUUGUCCCUUACCUCUAUCCAUUGGGAGUGUUUAUGUAGCCCUGGCAUGAACUGGGUUGGGGAACUGCUCUGGGGUAAGAAAAACUUGGCAGAGAGCAUUUUUGCUCUGGCUGGCAUCUUGAUGUGUUACGCACUGCAGCCACGUGGGUGCUCACACCAACACAAAGCCUGGGAGAGCAGAGGGUGAGGAGGCACCUCCUCUCUCAGCAACGCAGCCAGGCUUUCCCCUGCUUGAGGAAUGAUUGAGUAAGGUUUUGUAUGAACACCCCGCCGACCGGGUACUUCUCAGAGAUACACCUGGCAUCCAGCCAGGGCAGCCUUUCACCACCUCUCCCCUGCAGUGGCUCCUACAGUGCUAGCAUUAGCAGUGCCAAAACCCCUGUGCCCUUGCACACCCAGGGGCUGAACAUCCCACCUGGUGGCACAUUUCCUGAUGGCAGAGAGGCAGAAAGUUUCAGGGAUAUGAAUGGGUAGAUGGGAAUAACCUGUGCUUUGCCUACACUCCUCCAAAAGCCCACGAUGCCCACAGCGGCCUCGGGCUGCCGUCAGUCCGGCAGCUGGAAUUAGGCAGAGCUCCAACCCUGCUUGGUUCUUGCCUGCCAUUAGGAAUAACUGUCGGCAAAGCACCCGAGGGAGCCGAGCCUGCAGUGAGGCAUGAGAGCACCAGGCUUCUCCCGCAGGAGUAAUAGCAGACAUGCAGCCCUGGCUCUCCUCCUCACCCAGUCUCGGGCACAGGACAAUCCUUUCUCAGCCCUCCAGGGGCCUUCUCAGAGAUUGCUAUCAUCCUACCCAGCAGUUACCCUGUGCCACCUCUUUGGAGAUGCAGGAAGAAAGUGAUGGGGCCUGGCCUGGUCCUGCACAAAUCAGUUGCUUCUUCUCAUCUUCCACUCCUCAUGGGGUUCUCUCCCUUGAGGCGAAAGAAAUUCAGCAAAAAAAUGCUUUCCUGUGUUUGCUGAGCCCAGGAUAGCUUUCAGAGCGCUGGGAAGUAUCUGUAGCUGGCCUGUUUUGGUGUUGGUGGGGACUGGAGCAAAGCCGUGUGGCUGGCAGCAGCAGCCUGUCAGUGCCAGAGGCCCAACCUUGUGAAUUCCAGCCGCGUUUGCUACUGUGAGGGCCCUUCCUAUCCCUGCUGCAGCCGGAGGCACUGCUGUGUCCUGGGGAACUUUGAUGCUGCUUGGGGACAGCACUGCUGUCCUCCCACGCUCUUUCAGACUCUUUGGGGGCUGACGCCUAGCCCUGCUCAGCAUCCCCAUCAUUGGAUGACUUCAGGCCUCCCCUAUCAUGGGAGCUGUCUGUGACGGGCAACUGGGCUGCACUCAGUGCUGGAGAUUUUUGCUUGGCUUGGUGCCUCUUGAUUACAAGGGCAGGCUGGCCUGAAGAGAAACUGGGCACAGCACCUGCCAUGGGGCUGGCUUUCCCAGAGCUGAAAGCAGGACAGGACUGCUUUGCUCUCUUGGGUCCCUGGCGGUUUAUGGCUAUGACUCCAUGUUUGCGGCUACUUGUUGCCUGGAGUGUUUCUAGAACACAAACUCCAGGGGAUGUGGAGUGGGCGGUGUAGAGCUGUAAGCGUGCUCCCUCUAACCGAGGGCUUCCCUUGGCAGUGCCUCCUGUCCCUGGCCAUGCCCAAGCGGAGCUGUGGGGUCUGCGCUUGGUAUGCCAGCAGGUCACGGUGUUCCUGAGGGCACAGUUCAUCUCCCACUGAAGACUGCAGGCUCUGUGGAGCUGGGCUGGACCAAGAUGCUGUUUGGCUCGGCUCUGUGUCUUCAGAUGGGAGCAGGACUCUGGGAUGGGUGUGAAUCAGUGCACUGGGAGCUUCUGCCGGCACCUGGGAGUGGGCAGGAUUUAUGUGUCCAGGCCUGUUCUACCACAGCAAUGCCCUGCAGACCAGUGAGUGCCACUGGGGUCCGAGCACACAGCUGGGGCAGCAAGGGAGGAAGAAUUCCCAGGUCUCUGAUUUCACUGCCUCUGUGGAAGCACCUCAGGCAGGACCGUUUUCAGAGCAUUGUUCUGGUUUUCCUCUAUCACAGCUGUGAACAUCCAGGACUGAAACUGGAACCCGCCCUUGGGCCAGCAGCUCCCAAACACCAUAGGGGAGCUGGCUGCACCUGGGAGGGCAUGGCUAAGGGGGCAGGGGCCAGCGCCCUGUCCUAUCCCUGGGGCAUGCAGAGUGGAGGUGUCCUGUUUCCAGGCUAGGGCGCUGCUGGUGCUGUCUGUAAACGGGACUGGAGAUGAAUAUGCAAGGUGCCUCCUGCUGGUUAAGCUCCUAGCUGGUGGGCGGAGAGGGGAGGAACUCUCCUCUUGCCAGGGAGCUCCACUCUCAUCUGUCACAGGAGACUGUCCCGGGCCUGCUCCUACUUCCUUCUUAGGGUGUUACUCGCUCCCAUUCCUGCCCUCUGACAUGGGGCACUGUCGGACUGAAAUAGCUGCUACCCUGAGCCGUGGGGCAGGCUGCUUCAGUUAACCCCAGAAGUUCGAUUUUGUGGAUUGGGCUCUCCCCAUGCCCUCAUCCUCAACUCUGCCUCCAGGUCUUGUUAGUGCCGGCAGCUCCUCUGGGCCGCUGCUGCUGUAGUGGGAGCCAUGAGCGUGACAAUUGCUUUCCAGGUUUUUAAUGUGUGCCACAUAUGGAAGACCCUUGGUUGUAUCUUGGGAGUUCUGACAAGGCCAUGCUUUUGGCAGUAAGCAUUGUAACAGCUGUGAUGAGGUAGGUUUCUUCACUGAGCACUUUGAGGGUCUUCCCGUAAAUGCCAUAGUGAAGGUCAUGUGAGGGCACUGGCCCUGGGAGCAAAGAGCAGAUCUUUGCUGGGGCAAAGAGCAGAUCCUGAUGCUAUUGGGCCUUCUCCACCUGCUCCUCCUGCCACGCUUACUCUCUCCUCUCUUUAGGCCACUAGUUCCUUGCCAGAGAGUUUGAUCACAGAGAGUCGCCAAGAUAGCUGGGCCAGGAAGAAAACGUCGCACCCCUGACCCAGACUCCAUUACCGACCCCGGCGGGCCGUUUGUGUCCUCCAAACGGCUGAAAAUGUCCAGCAGCACCAAUGCCCCUGGCCAGAGGAGAGUGUCUCGGGGCUUGGAUGAUGCCACCAACAAGAAGAAGCAGAAAGAUCGAGCCAACCAGGAGAGCAAGGAAGUGUCUCGCUCAGAGCUCGAGCAGGCUGAGACUGUCCAGGUGAAGGACUCAGAAGAGGAGCUGCUGCUGGACUGGAAGCAGAAUGCCGAUGAGAUCAUCGUCAAGCUGAACUUGGGCAGUGGAGCUCUGAAGGUGGAGGAUGUGAAUGCUUCUUUCACCGACACAGACUGUGUAGUCAAACUACCAGAUGGGCGUCAGUGGAGCUGUCAAUUCUACGAAGAAAUUGAGGGCUCCUGCAGCAAGAUCCAGUGCAAAAAGGGCAACUUUCUACACCUUGUGCUUCAAAAGAAGAUCCCACUCCAUACCUGGUCUUCACUUUUGAAGAGAAGGAAAGACGGAUCCAAAGAGCUGGCCAAAGGGGCCACGUGCUGGGAGAACGGGAAGGAGAAGGCUGCUUCUGCAGAGUUGGCCCCAGAAGAGCCAAGGGCUGAAGGCACAGAGCUGCCGAGGUCCCGGCGAGAGCCUUCCAACCCCAAGCGUGCUCCAGGAAGAAGCGAGGCCCUGGGAGGGAAAAGCCCAGCCAGCCCAGGGAGGCAGAGUGGCCCCAGCGCCAAGCGGGCAGUAUACCUCAAAGUGGCUCCCACUGAAGAGGAGCCAAAUGCCAGGGUCACUGGGAGUGUGGAGCCCAGCAGAGGGCACAGCGGAAGGGCAGGCACCCGCCGCAAUGGCAGAUCCAGCCAGACUGAUGUGCCGACAGCGCUCACGGACCUCGCACCGCCACUGGAGAAGGCUGUGGUUUUGGCCAAGGAGACUGUUCCCAUGGAGAUGCCACCUCUCGCAGCUACCACGGAGGUGUUCCCCCACCGUGUUGCCACCUGUGUAGAGAAGAGGGUCCUGCAGCCAGGCAGCCCUGCUGAGGCCUUGCGUGGACGGGACUGCACACCUGUCCUGGGAGAGAGCUCUAAGACUGUCACAGCAGCCACCCCUCCCCUGGGCAGAGAUGGUGAGAAAAGGGACUGGUCCAAGGAUGACGUGGCUCUGGAAGCAGCGGCUGAUGAGCCAGAGCCUUUCGUGAGCCUGACCUUUGUCAAGAAUGACUCGUACGAGAAGGGCAAUGACCUGGUGGUAGUGCAUGUCUACGUGAAAGAGAUCCACAAGGAGACAUCCAAGGUGUUGUUCCGGGAGCAAGACUUCACGCUGGUGUUCCAGACGAGUGACAUGAACUUCCUUCGCCUCCACCCUGGCUGUGGGCCCCACACAGUGUUCCGGUGGCAGGUGAAGCUCAGGAACCUUAUUGAGCCGGACCAGUGUACGUACAACUUCACGGUGUCUCGCAUCGACGUCUGCCUGAAGAAACGCCAGAGCCAGCGCUGGGGUGGGCUGGAGGCUCCAGCCACACGAGGUGCAGUGGGUGGUGCAAAGGUUGCCAUGCCUACAGGCCCUACCCCUCUGGACAAGAAUCCCCCGGGCAGUAACCAGCACCCACUGUCCAGCAAGGAGGAGGCUCGAGCCAGUGACAAAGAGAAACCACGCAUGGAAGAUGGGGGCCUGGAUGGUGUGGCAGCCCGUACAGCUCCAGAGCAUGUGGCAGUGAAGCAGGAGCCGCACAUCCCCUCACCGAAACCCACGUGCAUGGUGCCACCGAUGACACACAGCCCGGUGAGCACUGAGAGUGUGGAGGACGAUGAGGAUGAGGACGAGAAGAAGAAGGUGUGCCUGCCUGGCUUCACGGGGCUGGUGAACCUGGGCAACACCUGCUUCAUGAACAGCGUCAUCCAGUCCCUGUCCAACACCCGGGAGCUGCGCGACUACUUCCAUGAUCGGUCCUUUGAGUCAGAAAUCAACUACAACAACCCUCUGGGGACAGGGGGACGCCUGGCCAUCGGCUUUGCCAUGCUGCUGCGAGCACUGUGGAAGGGCACACACCAUGCCUUCCAGCCCUCUAAACUGAAGGCAAUCGUGGCCAGCAAGGCCAGCCAGUUCACUGGCUAUGCCCAGCAUGACGCUCAGGAGUUCAUGGCCUUCCUGCUGGAUGGCCUGCAUGAGGACCUCAACCGCAUCCAGAACAAGCCCUACACAGAGACUGUUGACUCAGAUGGGAGGCCCGAUGAGGUAGUAGCUGAGGAGGCCUGGCAGCGACACAAGAUGAGGAAUGACUCUUUCAUUGUGGACCUCUUCCAGGGCCAGUACAAAUCCAAGCUGGUGUGCCCGGUGUGUUCCAAGGUGUCCAUCACCUUCGACCCCUUCCUGUACCUCCCCGUGCCCCUCCCACAGAAGCAGAAGGUGCUGACUGUCUACUAUUUUGCAAAGGAGCCACACAAGAAACCCAUCAAGUUUCUCGUGAGUAUAAGCAAGGAGAAUUCCAGUGCCAUGGAGGUACUUGAUUCAGUGGCCCACAGCGUGCGUGUGAAACCAGAGAACCUGCGUCUGGCAGAGGUGAUCAAGAAUCGCUUCCACCGCAUGUUUCUGCCGUCCAACUCACUGGACACGGUCUCCCCCACGGACCUGCUGCUUUGCUUCGAGGUGCUAUCUCCAGAGCUGGCCAAGGAACGGGUGGUGGAGCUGCAGGUCCAGCAGCGUCCACAGGUGCCCAGCGGCCCCGUCGCCAAGUGUGCAGCCUGCCAGAAGAAGCAGCUGCCUGAGGAUGAGAAGCUCAGGCGCUGCACGAGAUGCUAUCGAGUUGGUUACUGCAAUGUGGCCUGUCAGAAAACACACUGGCCAGACCACAAGGCUUUGUGCCGCCCUGAGAACAUCGGUUUCCCCUUCCUCAUCAGUGUGCCGGAGUCCCGCCUCACCUAUGCCCGCCUGGCCCAGCUGCUGGAGGGCUAUGCAAGGUACUCAGUCAGCGUGUUCCAGCCUCCAUUCCAGCUGGGCCGGAUGUCGCCGGAGCAGGGGCUGCAGCCUAUGCUCUCAGACAAGCUGGAGCCCCUGGCCAAGAGCAGCUGUGCAGCAGCCACCUCUGUCCCUGAUCUGGAUAACGGGGACAAGGUUUCCAGCCUUCUGCAGGAGCCCCCACUCUCGCCAGCUGUGCCUGAGCUGCACCCAGAGCAGGCGGAUAUAGGCACUGUGCGGAGCAAGGUCCUGGCAGCUAGGAGUUCCCUGCUGAGCUUGGAUUCAGGCUUCUCUGAGCACAUGGAGUCGCAGGGCGACAGCUGUUGUGAGAAGGAGCCAUCAUAUGAGAGAGCCCUCAAGCCUGAAGCUGCCAUCCCUGGGUACCAACACACUCCAGACUCGCUGGGUGCCCGCACCACACAGUUCUACAUCAACAAGAUCGAUGCUGCCAACCGAGAGCACAAGCUGGAAGAUAAAGGUGACACCCCCCUGGAGUUGACGGAUGACUGCUCCCUUGCCCUGGUGUGGAAGAACAAUGAGCGCCUCAAGGAAUUUGUGUUGGUGGAAUCCAAGGAGCUGGAGUGCGUGGAGGACCCAGGCUCAGCCAGUGAAGCAGCCCGUGCUGGUCACUUCACCCUGGAGCAGUGCCUCAAUCUCUUCACCAAGCCCGAAGUCCUGGCCCCGGAGGAAGCAUGGUACUGCCCCAAGUGCAAGCAGCACCGUGAGGCCUCCAAGCAGCUGAUGCUGUGGCGGCUGCCCAACGUCCUCAUCAUCCAGCUCAAGCGCUUCUCCUUCCGCAGCUUUAUUUGGAGGGACAAGAUCAAUGACAUGGUGGACUUCCCUGUCCGGAGCCUGGACCUGAGCAAGUUCUGCAUUGGCCGGAAGGGUGAGCAGCAGCUGCCCAUGUAUGACCUGUAUGCUGUGAUCAACCACUACGGGGGCAUGAUUGGCGGGCAUUACACGGCGUAUGCCCGUCUGCCCAAUGACAAGAACAGCCAGCGCAGCGACGUGGGCUGGCGGCUCUUUGAUGACAGCACAGUCACCACUGUGGACGAGAGCCAGGUGGUAACCAGAUACGCAUAUGUCCUCUUCUACCGCCGGAGGAACUCUCCUGUGGAGAGACCCCUGCCAGGGCACCCCCCAGAUCACCGGGCUGAGCGCACCCCCUCUGCCGAAGCUGCUGCCAGCCAGGCUUCUCUGAUCUGGCAGGAACUGGAGGCUGAAGAACAAGAGCUGCAGCUCGAGGCGCCCCAAAGGCCCCCAAGAAACUCCUGGAGGCCCCGUGGCCAGAAGCCAAGUCUGGGCAACCCACAGCACCCUAACGAAGGCUGCGUCAGAUACUUCGUCCUGGCCACCACAGCCGCAAUUGUGGCUCUCUUCCUGAACAUCUUCUACCCGCUCAUUUACCAGACCCGCUGGAGAUAAGCACAGGCAUACAGCCAGCUGCCGGAGCAGGGCCACCAGGGCAUGCACCGUCCUAGGAUGCAAUGCGACGAAGACAUCGGGUGGCAGGACAAGAAGCUGCCAGGAGGGACUCACCAAGGAAGGCAUGGGGCCGUCGGCUCCUGCCUGUCUGCUCUGGCAUCUCCCGUGCCAGCUGGCAGGGCUGCAUGGUCAGCCCGCUGCCUUGCCAAGACAGCCUGGAACCAGGAGCCCCUCUGCCAUCCCUUUCCCUCGCUGCCUGCCAGGAACGGGGCAGACCUCGUGGAUACCUGCUGCUCGGAAAGGGAUGUUGCUGCAGCAGCGCAGCCAGCACCUGGGAGACCCCAGGGAAGAUCAAUUGCCUCUACUCAGCUCCUGGGAAAGAAAAGACCUGCUGGGAGACUGCAGUAAGGGCAGGAUGCCCUGACACGGGUCCUUAUCUGGCUGCCUUUCCCAGCUGUGCUACUGUGGGAUCCUGGUGUUGGCACAACCUGUGGCUCCUGGGCCAACCCAGUCCCUCCUGGUGCCAGCUGCCCAUGCAUGUGGAGCUGUGAGCGCUGUGCUCCCAUGCUGGGACCAAACAGGCUUGUCACAAAAGGCUUGCGUGCUCCCUGCUCGGCUGGCAGCUCAGCCCUGCUGCAGCUCCUCUCUCCCGGGCAGCUGCUAUGGAGCCUGGCAAACUGGGCUGGGAUGCCCAUGGUGAGCACCUACCUCCAUGGGCUGCCAUCUCCUCUCGGCAGCACUGUGGGGCAUGUGGCCCGUCUCUGCUUGGCCCCAGCUGGCUGUGCCUGAGGAGGCCUGGUCUCUGACCGGGAAGCGCGGUGCAGUGCCUCAUGUGUGAGAGGGCUGACUGUCGGUGCUGCGGGAGAGGUGUGGGGUCGGGGAGCACAGGUAGCACCUCAGUGUGUUAAUAAAGCCAGGUUCUCCAAAGAGAUGCAGCAUCCCUGUCCUGUGUGAUGGGACCCACACACGGGGCAGGCACUCUGCCGCAGAGCUGGUGACCUUCCUGUGCCUGAGGUGACUCUCUCUACCCCUGCCAGCACAGAGACUAUGCUGGGGGCUCCACUGGGUGCCUCCUGCAGCCUGGGUGGCAGCCGUCUCGGUGUGCUGUGGGGCACGGGCUGGGCUCCAAAUCCCAGCUGUGGGGCGGCUGCCCUGGUGGGGCAAGUGUAGGGCGUGGAGAGCCCGGUGGGGCUUGCAGCACGUGGUCCCGGGGGGCUGGGGAGCGGACUGUGGCUCCGGUGGUGUCUGACAUUGAGACGUGUUGCCCUUGGCUGAGUGUGGCUCAGAGUGCUCUGGCGUGUUCGGGAGUGAGAGGUGACUUCAGAGCCCUGUGACUGCUUUUUCCAUCUCUGCUGCUGUCCCACAGUGAUGCCUUUGGCUCGCUGGGGAAGGAUGCUUGUCAGGGAAGGGGCUCACCUGUGUUUCUGACUGGGGCUUGAGCUGGUCAGCGUGGAGCCGAAGGGCUCCCCCUGCCUUGGUCCCACACCCCUCUUGCACGUGUGCUGUGGUACUCUUCCCUGGCAAGCGGGUCCUGGCCCUGCCGCGGGUGUGAAGUGCCCACCCUGGAACAGUCGCCUCAUUGUCUGCAGCCCUGGGGCGCGGCUUCCCCUGCUCGCCCACAGCACUGGCCUCGUGGGGCUGAGUCAGCACCCUGGGGUGACCUCUGCUCCUGCUGGUGCUGGUACCCCAGCGAUGGGGCCCACGAGCUGCUGCCUGCACCUGCCUGCCCGCUCUCCUUGGAGGUGGGUGGCCAGCAGAGAGGCCCAGGCCAGGUGCUGGCAGCCUGCCCUGUGGCUCACCGCUCCCACCUGGGGUAGCUGGGCACCCUGCUCAGGUGAGCUCUGGCUGCGGCAGCCCCAGGGGCGUGAGCGCCAGGCUGGGGAGAGGUGACUGGCACCAGUGGCUGCUGUCUGGAAUCCUCACCCUGCAGGGCUGUGCCCCCCCCAGCAGUGGGGAGGGAGGAGAGG